UUCACAGGAUGCUGGACCAGCAAUGGCUCUGCUGAAGGUUCUGCUGCUGCUGGGGCUGGGUAUUUCAGUGAACUCAGGUGUUUCUCUGCAGAAGAGAAUCAUUGGAGGUCAAAACUGUCAUGUAAAUGAGCGUCUUUAUCAUGUUCGGCUGGAGAGCCACAAUGGUACUCAUAUGACCCGCUGUGGAGGAUCUCUGAUCCGCCCUGAGUGGAUCCUGACUUCAUCUCACUGCUAUAACUCAGAGCCAGGAUGGACUAACACAGCAUUCCUAAAAGUUCAUCCACGGACUGUUAUACAGUACCAUCAGGUAAUCCGAGACCCCCCUGUGAUUUCCUACCCGGGCCAUGAUAUCAUUUUGCUGAAGCUUCAGACACCAGCAAGAGAUGUCCCAAUUGUUCGGCUACCAGACUGCAGGCGUCGUCUUCAUAUAGGUGAUAUUGUUCAGCUGGCAGGAGAGGGAGCAACAACAACCGGCCCCAAUAAUCAGCGAUUACCCAUUAUUGCUCUUCCAGCACAACUUCAGUGUGUCGACAUUAUAGUUGCUAAGGUUUCCGUCCUCAUGCCGGCAUACGGGCGUGUAUUCUAUGCUUCAGCACCGAACAAGGAUAUAUGUUAUGAAGAUGUUGGUGGAGCAGCGGUGCACAAUGGCAUGAUUUAUGGUGUAAUUUCUUUUGGUGGACCAGAUGCAUGUCAGAGACCAGUUGCAAUCAUGGAUGUGUGUGAAUACAAGGACUGGAUUAGAAGAAGAGCUGGGUUUCUGUAAAACAGAAACUAUCAUGAAAUAAAAUUCUCAUCAAAUUUACACAUAUAAAUUUAUAUCUUCAUUUGUUUGAUCCACAUUUUUAUAGAAUUAGAAUAAAGCAAUAGUUUUGUUUUUUCUCACCUGAUCUUGACCUCCCUAAUGGAGCUUUCUCUGCACGUCAGAAAUGAAAAAUAAAUCAAUAAAUGCAUGAAAAAGAAACAUUUCCUGGCUCAUUGUCUUUACAUUUGUUAGAGA